GAAAUAAAAUUUUGAUGUAAUAAAGUUUUAAUAAGUUUCUUAAAAAUCAAAAGUUCUAAAUUAUUUUUAAUGUUUAUUAGUCUAGUGUUUAAAGUUUAAUAUUAUGUUGUCCGGAGAAAAGCAAAUAACAAUGGGAGAGGGACAGUUCAUUCAAGAACAGGCAAUUACACAGGGAUACCAAGGAAUGAAUGGGGAAGGAGAACCAAAAAUAGAAAAGGAUAAUUCAUGUACUGAAAUAGGAAGUACUAAGAACCCAAAAAAGAUAGUUGUCUGCUCUAUGUGUAAUGGAAAAGGAUACUAUGAAGAAGUUCAAAAGCCUGAAAUAUUCAUUGAUGGUAAGAGGCGAGAAGAAAAUUCAGAAAACAAUGGAAAAUGCUGUCCUCUGCCAUCUAUAUCACAACCCCGUCCCCAUUACCAGUUGGAACAGCUGUUUAAAGCAACUGAUGGCAAAGCACUCAGUAGAAUGUCAGAUUCUGUGAUUGCAUCGAACCGCUCAUAUGGGUAAUCUCCUACUGACUACAAAACAGCUUGACAAACAUCCAGAAGAUGUUGCAAGGCUGGCUGCCAUUAAACUCAACAGGAGCGACUGGCAGACAAUGAAAGCAGGUUUGGAGGAAUGCCUCCAACUAGCACACUCAUAUCCAGAUGAGUUGGAGCCCCACAUGAGCCUCGUGUACCGAGCAAUCAGCUGUCUGCUUCAUGGCCACCGCCCGCACAUCACCAUGUUUGCUUGCCAAGCAUCACGCGAGUUCUUCGCACACAUGCGCUCAACAUGCCGGCCGGAAUUUGAUGAAAUCGUUCAUUCACUACUGGCCCGAACAGCUGACAGUAAUAAAGAAAUCAGACUGUACGCCAAUGACGCCUUAGAUAAAAUGGUCACAUACAUUCAGACAACACAAGCAGUGCGGCCGAUUGUGGACAAAGGACCAAUACAUAACAACCCACUAGUGCGGACAGCAACGGCAAGGCUCUUAUCUUGUGUUGUAGCUCUGAAAACUCCAAACACAAUUCUGACUCACCCACACUUGAGGGAUACGUGCAAACGAAUCAUUGAAACUGGGGCACUGCUGCUGGCAGACAGCAACAUUAAUGUCAGAUCUGAAGCAAAAUUAUUGAUAUCUCGGUUUAUGAAUGAAGAGGAGUUUGAAAGUGUUUACUAUGCAGAAGUUGGUGAAAAACUAAGAAAAAGAGUGCAGAGUACUUUUAUUGAUAUCAAAACAAAGAUGCAAGCUUUGGACUGACAUUUGUGAACACUGAACUGGAACAAUAUCAGUCGUGAUGGUGGAUAUUUUACAAAUUUAUAUU